AUGUCCGAUGCCUGCGGGCUGGUGCGUCUCCUGAGACCCGCGCCGCGAACGGACCACUCGAGCCUCCCGCCCGAACUCUGGCUUGAGAUCUUCCGGUACGCAACAUACGUCCCGCGCGUCCGAGGCCUCAGCCCCGGAGACCCGUUCGAACCACAACGCCCCUCCAACUAUGCGUGGGGAGUGAACACCCUGUCUCGUCACUCGCGACAAAGCGAAACCUCGUCCUCGUCUGCCGGCCCUGUCGCGGCCAUCCUUUCCCUCCUUCCGAACCUACACGUGCUGAGCGGCAUCUGGGAGCGACCGCUGGCCAAGAACCUUCUGGAGGUGUUCUCGCGGUACCUCACGAGCUCGAUUCAGGGUUUGUAUUGGGACGAAGGCCUCGUUCCAGAGGGCGAGCCCUCGCUCCUGUCGGCCGCGUUCCUGCCAAAGUACCAAUCACUUCGUGUGCUGGACAUCAGGAAGCUGCGACUCGAGGAUCCGGAUAGUUUCCCGACAGACACCACAUCUACUAUCUCGCUGCCCUCGGUCGUGGAUCUGCUCCUCCCAACAUGUCCCGCCGUGCUGGGGUUCGCGCGCAAGCUUGACCUGCCCCGUCUCAACCGGCUGGUUCUGGACGCAGCGAAUCUGCGCCGGAAUAGCUCCUCGUACGUCAGCUCGUCCUUGAACAAGCUUCUCGCGAGGCACGGGCCGAAGAUCACCACCCUCGAGCUGCUCCCGAUGACCUCCCUCUCGUACCAGGCCUCCCCGAUCAGCAUCACCACAUUCCUCCAGCCCGACGUCUGCCCGGCGCUCGAGACGUUCGUCUUCGACUGCCGCGAGCGGCUGCUCAGCGCGUGCUCCCCGCCGCCCUCAUGCCUCCCGUCCAGCCCCGCGCGCCCAGGCGUCGACACGCGCCCGCCGCCCUCCGCACCUCCGACCCCCUCCCGCAACGCGCCCGAGCCCGAGCUGCGCUCGCCGCACCGCAACCUCCGCCGCAUCGGCAUCCGCGGGAUGGGCAUCUCGCGGCUGUACCCGAACCGCCCGAGCCACGCGCAGGCGCACCUGCAGUCCUUCCUCAAGCACCGCGCGCUCUUCCCCGUGCUCGAGACGGUGCGCACGCUCGGCUUCCUCGUCGACGCGUGCACGGACCCGUUCGCGCGCGACAUCUUCAUCUGGUGGACGGAGAAGUUCGAGGAGCACGGGCUGGACCUGCAGGACGGCGAGGGCGUCGUGUGGCUGUACACGGACCCUGUGGACGGGAGGCAGGACGUCGUCGUGGAGGAAGAGAUCGUCGCGGACGACUGCGCGAGCUUGGUGCACAAGAGCGAUGCGGGGGAGGUGCAGGCGGUGAAGGCGUGA